UUUAAGUACUACUGGACCAUUAACACAGCACAUUACACUUUCAUGCACUCGUAGAAAGGAAAAAGCUUAUACAUAUAUAUAUAUAUAUAUAUUUACAUAGAUAUCUAUCCAUCGUUUAUUAUAUAUAUAUAUAUAAAAAAAAAAAAUCUAUCUGUCUUUCUUCCAUCCAAAAUUUACUGCUACUCUACCACCACCACCACCUGCCACAACAGUCCAGCUACAUCUCUUUUAACUCUAUUCAAGUUUGGCAUUCAUGAAAAGUACCAACCCUCUUUAUUACCCUCCUCCCCACAAUCCUCCUCUUUCAUAUUUCCGAAAGCCUUUUGCAUUUUUUCCUCUUCAUCUCCUUCACACUAUUACUACCUUCAUCUCUUCUUCUACACUUCUUUAUCCAUUUGCCUGAAAAAUGGCCGAAUUUCCACCCAAAUGGGUGGUUUUAAUCCUAACCAGUUGUCUUCUUUACCACAUUGUCACAUAUGCAGAAUCUCAGACUACUACAAGGAAGGUUUUCAUUGUUCAAAUGGAUAAGUCUGCUAAGCCAUCAUCUUUCUCUAAUCACAUUGACUGGUACUCCUCCAAGGUGAAAUCUGUUGUGUAUAAACAGAGCAAUGGAGGCCCUGAAGAUGAAGAUGAUAAUGAUGAAGAGCGUGUAAUUUACAAUUACCAGACUGUUUUCCAUGGAGUUGCUGCUAGCUUAAGCGAAGAAGAAGCUGGUAGGCUAGAGGAAGAUGACGAUGUGUUGGCCGUGUUUCCAGAGACCAAAUACGAACUCCACACAACAAGAAGUCCUCUGUUUCUUGGGCUCGAAUCGCAGGACAGCAACAGCAUUUGGUCACAAAGAGUUUUAGACCACGAUGUCGUAGUGGGGGUUUUGGACACCGGAAUUUGGCCGGAGAGCGAGAGCUUCAACGACACCGGCAUGACUCCAGUCCCACCUCACUGGAAAGGAGCAUGCGAAACAGGCCGUGGCUUUGCCAAACACCACUGCAAUAAAAAAAUCGUCGGUGCCAGAAUAUUCUUCCGUGGAUACGAAGCCACAACCGGAAAAAUCAAUCCCCUGAACGAGUACAAAUCGCCGAGGGAUCAGGACGGCCACGGAACGCAUACGGCAGCCACCGUCGCCGGCUCUCCGGUGCGCGGUGCCAAUCUUCUGGGCUAUGCUUACGGAACGGCGAGAGGAAUGGCUCCUGCCGCAAGAAUCGCAGCUUACAAAGUUUGCUGGGCUGGCGGAUGCUUCAGCUCAGACAUUCUCUCCGCCGUGGAUACCGCCGUCGCCGACGGAGUCAACGUCUUGUCGAUAUCAUUGGGUGGCGGAGUAUCUUCUUACUCCCGUGAUAGUUUAUCGGUAGCUGCUUUUGGAGCGAUGGAGAUGGGUGUUUUUGUGUCUUGCUCUGCUGGGAAUGCAGGGCCAGACCCAGUCAGCCUCACAAAUGUGUCCCCAUGGAUCACCACGGUCGGAGCCAGCACCAUGGAUAGAGACUUUCCGGCCACCAUUAAGCUCGGAAAUCGAAAAACCAUCACCGGCGUUUCGCUCUACAAAGGGCGAAGAACGCUCUUGACGAAUAAGCAAUACCCAGUGGUGUAUUUAGGCAGCAAUUCGACGAGUCCCGAUCCUAAUUCUUUAUGUUUGGAAGGUACUCUGGAUCGUCGUGUUGUUGCUGGGAAAAUCGUGAUUUGUGACAGAGGAAUUAGUCCAAGAGUUCAGAAAGGUCAGGUGGUGAAAGAUGCAGGAGGAGUUGGCAUGAUCUUGUCGAACACAAUUGCAAAUGGAGAAGAGCUGGUUGCCGAUUCCCAUCUCAUUCCUGCUGUUGCAGUAGGAGAAGCAGAAGCAAGAACCAUUAAAAAUUACGCUUUGACGGAUCCGAAACCGACUGCGAAUCUCGUAUUUCUCGGAACAAGAUUGGGAAUCAAGCCGUCACCUGUUGUAGCGGCAUUUUCAUCCAGAGGACCCAAUUUUCUUUCUUUGGAGAUUCUCAAGCCCGAUGUUGUAGCACCUGGGGUUAACAUCCUCGCCGCUUGGAGCGGCGAAAUAGGUCCGUCGAGCUUGCCUACCGAUCGCCGGAGAGUGAAGUUCAACAUCUUAUCGGGAACUUCGAUGUCGUGCCCGCACGUGAGCGGCAUUGCAGCAUUGCUCAAAGCUCGGCAUCCCGAAUGGAGUCCCGCGGCUAUAAAAUCUGCGCUCAUGACCACCGCUUAUGUCCAUGACAAUAGCCGUCGCCCUCUGAAAGAUGCUUCCACGGCUUCUUAUUCCGGUCCGUACGAUCAUGGAGCUGGGCACAUAAAUCCGGAAAAAGCUCUUGACCCGGGCUUGGUUUAUGAUAUCCAAGCUCAGGAUUACUUUGAAUUCCUGUGCAAACAGAGGCUAUCUCCCACCCAGCUCAAGGUGUUUGCUAAAUACUCCAACAGAACUUGUCAUCACUCUCUUGCCAGUCCAGGGGAUUUGAAUUACCCUGCUAUCUCCGUCAUGUUCCCGGAGAGAGCAGCGGUUACAGUUCUGACUCUUCGCCGGACGGUCACCAAUGUCGGUCCUCCGGUUUCGAAUUACCGUGCCGUUGUUUCGCCGUUCAAAGGUGCUUUCGUUGAUGUGGAGCCCCAUACGUUGAAUUUCACCAUGGCCAAUCAAAAGUUGUCUUUCAAGAUCACUUUCAGAACAAAAUCAAGGCUAACGGGGCCGGAAUUCGGAGGCUUGGUUUGGAAAGAUGGAGUUCAUAAAGUGAGAAGCCCAAUUGUUAUCACGUGGCUUCCACCAUUACUAUGAAAUAUUUAUAUCAACUACUGGCUAAUAGGACAUGCAUGAAUCUAAGUUGUCUUCUCAGCUACAAUAAACAGUACCAUUUAUUAUAUGAAGCAGCAGGGGGCUUUGCUCGUUAGUCAAUGAAAUGAUCAACUUUUUUUCCCUUCAUUUUUUACGAUGAUCUUCAACAAUGUUAACAAGCUCCAUUUCUAUGUUUCUAUAUUAUUGUCAGAGACAAUGUUCAGAACUAGAUAUGUACUAAAUCAAAGCCGUCUUCUAUAAUUUGCCA